AUCCUUUACGAUGCUGCCUUCCCGAAUAUUGGAUCCUCUGCAGGUCGCUCAUCCCGCUGUCAGCCACCACUUCACCCCAAACCCAACCGAGUAAGAGCGCGGGAUGCGAGGGCUAUCCCGCCGGUCACAUGGAGGAGGAUGCUGCUGCCCGGGGGACGAUCGGGAUUCAUCCCAUUGCUCUAAACUCUAUAGUCUGUCUACGCCCGACGCGCAGGCAACGGCUAUUUUUUUGCCUAUCUGGCUUGGAACCCGGGCGAGAGGGACGAAACAAGACGGACGGGGCGGACCUGAUGUUUCGCCCGGUGGCAUCUUGAGGCCGGGCGCCGCUGUUCAUUCUGCCCAAAUAUCUGGAUCACCUCCUGUUUAUCACCGGCGCCUCAAUCUUUGGGAAACCCCGGAGUCCGGAGUAACACACUGGCUGCUCGAGGCGAUGUCGCAGAUAUCUAUGUACUGUGCAGAGAAUCAUGUCGGGGUAAGUGAGUCAGUCAGAUGGGAGGGAGGUUUCAUUCACAUUCAACGAACGAACGGCAGGACGAACAAGCCCUGCCUUUCCCUCGGCUCCGAUUUGCUGUGCCCGUCCAUCGUAUUCGCCCAACGUGAAUGGCCUGGAAUCCUUCCCUCGAGGACGGCAGGCUAGUCUGGGAACUGGGAAGGACUCCGUACGGAGUACCUACACUCGGACCAGCACCCAAACUGACGGUGAGGUAGUAGGUAGUAGGGAGAGGGAGAGGGAGAGGGAGA